GUUCCUAGGGCUUUUAGUCCCGCCCCUUCGCGUCACCCAGAAGAAAGUGACAACAUGAAGGCGUUGCGAAACGGACGGCUCCUGAAGAUGAUGAUUUGCAUCGUGCACAUUGCCAUGCUACGGUGGCAUUCGUUCGUCCCUGCGCUAGCAGUAUCCUCCUUGUUGCUGAUGCUGUUGGAACACCAGCGGGUGAGGCGAAUCACUCAACUUCUGGAGAGAGCAAACAACCACCAGGCAGCAGCAUGCCGGAGGAGCUUGACUCUCUAUUUAGCUUUGGUCGAUGUGUCCUUCAUGGCAGCGAGUCUCUCCAUCCUCCCAGACAGACACACCGUGCCGGACAUGAUCUUGAGCGCUUUGCGCGAAUGUUGCAUGCUGUUUGGCAUUCUCAUCUACAUGUCGAUGCCACUCUCAGAAGCUCUAGGCGUCGCAAAGGAUGACCAGGAUGACAGUCGAGACAUGCGACUGGUCGCCAUUUUUCCAGCGUUGUUGGCCAUGCUGGUGUUCCCUUUAGUAUGGCAUGAUGCAACUUUCGCAUCCUUCGCAGGUGGUAGCUUACACCUUUAUCUCUUUGGUCUUUGCAAGGUGGCAAUGAUCCUUAGCUAUCAGUGGUUCCAGAGCACUUUCGCCAACGAUGAUCGCAGCGACCAUUCUCAUGACCAUGACGCCUCGGGCUGGAGGUCCGAGCGUGCGAAGGCAGUUCCCAAAGUGCUGAGAUUUGCAAAGACAACCAGCUUCAAGGACGAGUAUCUACGGCCCUUGCCCCGCGCAGUUGACUUGCGGGAGGCGCCCCCUGCGUGGCUCAUCGGCUGUAUUGACUGUGAGUUCGACUUAGAUGAGAUGGAUUUGGUCUGAGUUGCUUCACCAAGGACUUCAUCAUCUCUGCACGUUUAAACGCGUGCUGCGUAUAGAUAGGGUUGCACUCAAUUGAGUGAACCUUUAUAUCAUACGAUUAAUCUUUCAUUUUUUCUGUAAAGACUGACAGAUUGGCCAGCCUAAAUGAUUUUGGUGCCGGGAAAUCCAUAUGUUUGAAGCAUGUGGAUUGAUGGGCUGCCUGCUUUGAAUGGGCAAAAGAGUUUACUCUUUCAAUUGCAAAGAGUAUAUCCCAUGCAGCAGGCCGGAGGAUUUUUAUUAUGGGACCUACAGAGCAGAUAAACAUGG